AUGGCUUCCGAGCACCAAAUGCCAGCCUCCAAGCAGCAACAAGCCAGCUCCAAGAUUGCCAUCUUUGAGCAGGAGAACUUCCAGGGCCGCUGCCAUGAGCUCAGCGGGGCCUGCCCCAACCUGAAGGAAGCCGGCGUGGACAAAGUGGGCUCCAUCCUGGUGCACUCCGGACCCUGGGUGGGCUACGAGCAGGCAAGCUGCAAAGGGGAGCAGUUUGUGUUUGAGAAGGGGGAGUACCCCCGCUGGGACUCCUGGACCAACAGCCGGAGAAGCGACAGCAUCACUUCCCUGAGACCCAUCAAAGUGGACAGCCAGGAGCACAAGAUCGUGCUGUACGAAAACCCCAGCUUCACCGGCAAGAAGAUCGAAAUCAUAGACGACGAUGUGCCCAGCUUCCACGCACACGGCUACCAGGAGAAGGUCUCAUCCGUGCGGGUGCAGAGCGGCACGUGGGUGGGAUACCAGUACCCUGGCUACCGGGGCUACCAGUACCUGUUUGAAAAGGGGGACUACAAGGACAGCUCAGACUUCGGCGCUCAGCACCCCCAGAUCCAGUCGGUCAGGCGCAUCCGGGACAUGCAGUGGCACCAGCGCGGUGCCUACCACCCCACCAACUAA